AUGGAAGGAAGUCAGCUGCAUGCUGAGGCGCUGAAAGCGCGGUUGAGUGACAUCGUCACUGUUCGCCUAGCAACAGGGACACGUGUCACGGUCCCGAUGGACCCUGUGGACCUCGGAGUCAAAUUCCUUGACUUUAAUGGCGUGGAACGCUGUCUAGUCUUAGACUUCAAUCCAAGGUAUGACCUCAUCCUAGGAAUGGCAUGGUUGGAACACCAUGAGCCAUGGAUUGGUUGGAGUUCCAAGACCUUGGGCGCUAAGCGCACGUCUCCCGGUGAAGCUUUGGUGGGUCAUGAACCCACCUCUGCUGGGAGACAAAAGCGGUAUUGGCGAGAGCACUGGACCGAGACGGUCAACGUGCUAGACAUUGGAAUGUACAAGUUGGUAGAAACCAACGAUGUACUGGACAGACGUCCCGAGCGUGACUCGCGGGCUGAUCUUGGAGUGGCACGUAACCCACAAAGCGCUGCUCAAGUUUCAGAGCAGUCGCUGCAUGUCAUGCGUGACAUGAGCGGCAAGGGCCGAGGCAUCGAGUGUGAGGCCCCCGUGAUGCACGUGAAAUGGCAAGUAAACCACUGA